AUGCUGGUCAGUGAAAAAUAUGAUUCUAUUAUUAAAAUUUAUAAUGAGAAACUAGAACAUAGCUCAUUUAGACAAGAUUCAGAAGAAUAUCAAACUUUACUUACUACCAAUCUAAAUGAUUUAUUGAAAUUUAAAUCAAUAAUUGUUGAUAAAAUGGGAUUAUUUAGUGUUAAUGAAAAUAUAGAUGAUCUGUCUACAAAAUCUUUGAAGUAUUUAUCCAUGGAUUAUUAUCUAGGCUUAAUGCUGUCCAAAAGACAAAUGCCAUCCACUUCUCCCGCUCACACCACUACUUCACAACUGCAAAAUACUGAUAUAGUGGAGAGAAACAAAUUUAAACUCGAUUGUUUAAAGAGUGCAAUUCAAUCCUUCAUUGCUUUCUUAAUUUUACUUCAAAAUUAUUCAAUAUUAGAUGAUUUCUUAUCAAAAAAAAUUAAUUCAUUUGAAAAUAAAUAUAAUCCAAAAUUGAACGAAUUAUAUUCAUCGAAUAAGGAUAUAACUGCAAAUGCUCAAUUGAAAAGGGAUCAAAAAAUAGAAAUAUUCAAACGUAAUAAAGAACUUUCUUCUAAAUUAAAAUUAUUAGAAUCAAAACUUCAUAGCCAUAAUCAAAGUGAGGACGAUUUAAAUGACAGCAACGAGGAGUUAUUACGAGAUUUAUAUGUGGAACAAUUGAAAAGUUUAAGUUAUAAAUCAUUUAAUGAAAUUGAACAAAUAUUAAUGGAGUCUGAACUAUUAUUAAAUUUCAUCAAAAUGGGACCAGAGGAUCCCAAAAAAGUUAAUGGUGAUAGAGAAAAACAGGAUAAGGCUGAAUUCACUGAUAGAUUGGAAAGUUUGGAUAAACCUUUACUUUCUGAAACUGGGAAAAUCUUAAGGAAUUUCACAUUAAUUGAUCAACGUACUAAAUUACAAAACAAAGUUAAGGGUUAUGGACAGUAUGGUCCAACGAUGACUGUUGAAGAAUUCCUUGAUAAGGAAUGGGAAGAAGGUAGAGUGUUACAAGGUGGUGAAGAUGAGUUGAUACGAGAACAGCAAAGGAAGGAAGAUAUGGAAGAUAAUUAUAAAUGGAAUGACGAAGAAACUUAUAAAGCUCGUGAAUGGGAUGAAUUUAAAGAGGCUAAUCCAAAGGGAUCUGGUAAUACCAUGAAUAGAGGAUGA